AUGUUUCUUAAUAUAAUUAAGGGAUUAGAAAGAAAUGAAGAUAAGGAAAAUGUCAUAAAUGCAAAUAUACAAAAAUUAUUAGGUGAUAAAACAUAUGAAAAAAGGAAAAAGGGAGCACAAGAAUUAGCUGAGUUAAUAAAUAUAAUAUUAGAAAAAGAAGAAGAAGAAGAACGCAAGCAUUUAAGUGAUUUGCUAGAUAAACAAACUAAUGAAACCUUAAAUGAAAGUAAAAACUUUUCAGAGAAAGAAAUUGAUAAAAUUUCAAAAGAGAAUUCAAAAAAUGAUUUAGAGUUUAACGGUGAGAAUUAUUUUCGAAGUUAUAAUGAAAACUUAAAAAAAGAAGAUCUAUACUUUAAUAAAGAUGAAGAUAAAAAAAAGAAUUAUGAAAAUCAAGAAGAGAAACAAAACAAUAAAAAAGAUAUUAAAGAUAAUGGAAAAAGCAAAGAAAAUAUAUUUGAAGAAAAUAAAGCUGAUCUAGAUGAAGAAAUAAGAAAAUUUUGUGAAACGGAUCAAACUAUAGAAAAAGAUAAAAAAAAAAUUACAGAAAUUGAAAAGGAAGAUUAUUAUAAAGAAACAAAUGAGGAAAAUUACGUUUUAGGUUCUGAAAUAAUUAAAAAGUUAUUAUUAGAUAAAUGUAAAGAAAAUUAUGAUACAAACUCCGACUUUAUAAAAUCAUGUGAAAGUAAGCACACAAAGAAAAAGAUGAAUUUAGAAAUGAAUAUUGAUAAAAGUAAAAGAAAAUUAAAUGAUAUAUUAAACGAUAAUGAUAUUUAUAUAGAAAAUUUAAAUAAAAAAUACCAAAAUAAAAAAAUUUUAAAUAUAAUAAAUUUUAUAGAUAAAAAAUUUAUUCAAAGUGUUAAUAUCUCAGAAAGAUGUGGAGGCCUUAUUUCAUUGGCAUUUAUAUCAAUAAGUUUAGACGUUAAAAUAAAAUUUUAUUUUACAGAUAUAUUAAAAAUUAUUAUUUCAUGUAUAAAUGAUCCAGAUUCCAAAGUAAGAUAUUAUGUAUGUGAAAGCUUAUAUAAUUUAUGUAAAGUUUCAAAAAAUAUUAUCUUUUAUAAAAUAGAAGAUAUAUUUGAUUGCUUAUAUAGAAUAUUUUCAGAUUCAUGCACUAAUGUAAAAAAUGGAGGUGCAUACUUAGAUAAUUUGUUAAAAGAUAUGACUUGUUCAUAUAAUAAUAUUUUUAAUAUUUAUAAAAUAAUAUAUGUAUUAAAGGAUAAAAUAUCUAUUGAAAAUGCAGAUGUUAGACAACUUAUAAUAUCUUGGUUAUAUUUUUUACAAAACAUUCCAACUAUUAAUAUAUUUGAAUAUUUUCAUUUUUUCAUAAAAGACCUAUUUUUAAUGUUAUCUGAUGAAAAUAAAGACAUACAAAAACAAGCUAACCAAUGUUUAGAUUUAUAUAUUGACAAAAUUACAACAUCAAAUUAUGAACAGUGUAGGAUAUUUUUGAAGCAUAUAGCUCAAGUAAUUUUAAAAUUUUGUGAUCAUAAAAAUACCAUCAUUAAGCAUAGAAGUUUAUUGUGGAUAUAUCAUUUUAUUAGUAUUUUAAAUAUUCAUUUUUAUAAUAUAUUUAAAUCUUCCAAAAAAAAUAAUAGUUUUAUUAUUGAACUUUUGAAAAAAAUUAUUUAUUGCACAUCAGAUGUAAAUUUUGAUAUUCAUUACACAGCCAAAAAAUGCAAUGAACUUUUAAUUAAUUACCUUAAGUUUUCCUCUUUAGAAGCUGUACCUUCAAUAACAAAACUAGUAUGUGAUAUUAUUAACACAAAAAUAGAAAAGAGUGAAUUAAUAUUAAGUACCAAAGAAGUAACGAAUUAUAAAAAUUAUCAACAAACAUGCCAUUCAAAAAAAAAAAAAUCCCAGAAUUUUUUAAAUGAAGAAACAGAUUUAGAUAAAAAUCAUAUAAUAAAUAAUGAAGAUGUGCACAACAUAAAUAGGGAUAAAACUCAUACAAAUGAAGAAAGCAAGAUAUUUUACUCCAUUUACCAAUAUAAUGAUCAUUAUAUACCUAAUGAAAUUAAUGAAAAAGAAAAAAAUAUUGAUAAAGAUUCUAUUAAAAAUGAGAAUAAUAGAUAUGAAAAAGAUGGUGUUUUUUUCAAUAGCAAUGAUAUAGAUAAAUAUAACCGGAAAAACAAUAUUGUAGGUAAUUCCAACUUGAAUAGUUUAGGUUCUAAUAGCUAUAGUAGCAAUAGAUGCAAUGUAAAUAAAAAUGAAAAAUAUUUAGAAAAUCAUUCUUUACAUUUCAUUAAUGAUAAUAACAUAGGAAAAGAUGUUUAUGAGAUGAAUAAUAAUGAAAAAAAUAAAAAUAAUGAUUAUGAUAGCGCCAGUAACUAUAACUAUAAUAACAAUAAUAAUGAAAAUAAUAAUAAUGGAAAUAAUAAUGAAUAUAAUAAUGAAAAUAAUAGGAAAAAUAACAAUACCAAAAUUAGUAAUAAUAAUAAGAAAAGUACCAUUGAUGAUUACAUUAAUAGUGAUUAUAAGUGUAGUGAUAGUAUUAGUAGUAGAAAUAAUGAUUAUGAUAAUAAAAAUAACAUUAGUGAAUCAUUAGGUUUUGAAUCGUGUAAUUUAUUUUAUAAAAAAAAUAAUACUUCUGAGGAUGUCAAAAAUAAAAUAUUAAAUAAUUAUGACUCAAAAGAACAAAAUCUUAAUUUAAGAUUUCUUCGUAAUCAUGAAAAACUUAUAAAUGAAAUAAAAGAAAAAAAAAUUUUAUUAAGAGAUGUAAGUAAAAGUGAAGCAUAUUUUAUAAACAAAUUUAUAAAAAAAAAAGAUAAUGAUGAUGAUGAUGAUGAUAAUAUGUUUUUUGAUAAUUUCGAAAAAAGAAAUAUUUACCCUGUAAUUAUGUGUUUACAAUGGUUAAUUGAAAUAUUAAUAUAUAAAAGUAAUGAGAUUAAAACUUAUUAUGAUCAUAUAGUUGUAUGUAUAUUUAAGUGCUUAAAAAAUGACGAUAGUAAGGUUCUUUUAUUGUCACUUACUGUCUUAUCAGCUAUGUGUUCAACUGUUAAUAAUAAAUUCAAUUUUUAUGAAAAAAUAAGUGAAAAUUUAAUUAUUUUAUUUAAAAGUGAUGAAAAUUUAUUAAUACAUAAAGGAAAAGUUAUAGUACAGCACAUUUCUCGUUGCUUGAAUAACAAAAAAUUUUAUGCCUAUUUAUCUUAUCUACUAAUUAAUGAAAAUAAUUUAAAAUUUGUAAAUAAAUUUGUUCAAGUUUUAAAUUGGGUAUUAUUAACCUCUAUUGAAACUAAGUAUCUUAGAAAUGUUUUAUUUUUAAAAAAAUAUUAUAAUCUCUUUUCAUUAAUAUUAAUUGCAUGGUUUCAUAAUCCUCUAUCAGCUAUAUCUUUUUUAUUAUGGUUACAAAAAUAUGAACUAGCCUAUUUUUUGUGUUCUUAUUUAACUUUGAUAGACGUAGAUUCUGAUUUUUUUCAUCAACUAGAUAAUUUUAUUUUUUUAUUUGAAUCACCGGUUUUUUCAAAACAAAGAAUUCAUUUAAUUUACCCAAAAAAUUAUCCAUUUUUAAUUAAGUCAUUAAUGAUACUUUCUUUAAUGCUACCAUUAAAUACAUCAAAUAAUAUUUUACAAAAAAGAUUGCAAAUUUCUCAAUUAUCUAUUUUAACAAGUAGUGAAAAAGUUACCCAUUUUGUUGAUACUCAUAAUCACAGUGAAAUUUUCAACAUUGAAGAUAAGGAAUGCACAGAAGAUAAUCCGGAGAAUAAAAAAUAUGAAAAUAAUUAUAUUUGUAAAAAUGAAAAAACAUAUGAAUCGGCAGAAUUAUUUAAAUUGGAAAAUGAAGAAAAUGCAAAAGAAUACAGUAUUUUAGAAAAAACAAAUCUAGAAAAAAUGAACGAAGAGGAACAGUGGGAUAAUAAGUAUAAUUACUUAUUAAAUAAUGUAAAAAAAAAAUUUUUAAAAGAGGUGUUACACAAUAAAAAAACAUUUGGUAAAUAUGAUGAAAGUAAUGAAUUUGUUAAUAUUUUUAAAACUAUACUAAAAAGUCAUAAUAUAAUUAAUUAUUGUACAUAA